AUGCCCAGCAACGGCGAGGGCAGCAGCCAGGUUGUGUUGAACUCUCCAGUCGUCGAGAUCUCAAUCCUGCUGGAAGCUCAAGGCAAAGUAUCCGUGGCCACUGUUUCGGAUUUGGCAGAACCUAUUCUUGUCAGACUGAGCGAUGCCUCACAGCAGCCACGGGAUGUUUGCGCUUUUUUCGAUCACACUUCACGCGCCUGGAGUUCCGUGGGACUGCAGGCGAUUUCCGUGAAUGACUUGAGGUGGUGUCAAAGCACCCAUCUGUCGAUGCUCGCCAUCGUGCACGUGGUUCCGUUUGAAGGUCUCAUCGCCGAGCAAGACACCAGCUUCGAGUUGACAUCCAUAGCUCUUGCUUGUGCCAGCCUCUUCGCAGGUGGUGGCGUGCUGUUCCUCCUUUGGUACUAUCGAUGCAAACCGGCACGUGGGGGCUCUGUGCAAAUCCAGGGUAAGGGAGAUCAGACCUUCGUUGUUACAUAUUCGCGCUCCACAAGAAGUGCUGAUCAUGAACCAGACGAGCCCAUGAAGUCGAUCUCCACGAAAUCUUUGAGCUUCCAGGCAUUUCGGUCCGAGGCUUCGGCUUCAGCCGCCAGCAAGGUCCACAUUGAGUGGAACAUCCAGGCGAAUGAUUGGAAGACCCGACUCCACGACUUGGAGGGGUGGACGGGCGACUUGAAGCAACACCACGCAACGCAGGCUGCAGAAGUGGGGCGGGGGCGGCCGGGGCCCGCCUCUACAGACGCCCCCAAAGAUGCACCAGAUUUGCUUGCCACGCUGAAGCGUGCAGAGACGGCAGCCAUGGAAGAGGCUGAGCGACUGGAGUUCUUGGUCGAGGUAGAUGCACCCGUGCCAGUGGAUUCUCUGCAAGUGGCCGAAGAUCCUCAAAAGGCGGCCAGGCCAUCCUUCUACAGGAACGGAGAAGCUGUUCUCUACUUUUCGAUCACGAAUCAAUGUUGGCUGCUGGCACGGAUCCAGGGGGACCCCGCAUGGAUGAACUCAGAAGAGCAGAUUGAUCGCGAUGUUCUUCCCACAGGCGAGCUUCCUCACUACGACUGCAUCCUACCGGGUCCGAAGCAGCUGCGACAUCGGGUUCCCCUUAGCCAGCUCCGACAGAGAUUGCGAUGUGGGGAAUCCGUUCACGUCCAUGUAGAGGAGGUGACUCGCGGGCGGAGAAGCAGAGCAAGCCGGACGUGGUCUUGGAAGUCCGGCCACAUACACAAGAUCCCUCCUGUUGCCAUGACGACUGUCGAUCCUUAUGCGGUGACCCUUAGCUCAGGCGACACAAUCAAUGUGGACCUGGGAAGAAUUCGCCGCUUCUACGAGACAGGCAGCCGUGUUCGUGUCUUUCGAGGACUACAUGGUUGGCACUACGGAACCGUCUUUGAGGACGCCGUGGAAGCAGCAACGACAACAUCAGAUUCAUCGUUGGCCAAGAGCAUGGAAAGCGAUAAUGCAGACAUCCAGGUUCGACUAGACGGCACGGACGAUGUUGUGAAGCUGGUUUGGCUGGUCGCGAUACUGGCCCAGCUGGUUGAGGCAAACUACUGGGAACAGCUCAGCCCGAGUGGCGCGGCGCCACCUGCACGGUAUCGCAUUGUAGACGGUGGGGUGUGGAGCCCGGCUGCGAACGGCUUCUACGUGUUCGGUGGGGAGGGUGCUGGCAGCAGCAAUCUCAACGACUUGUGGUUCUACGGGCGUGAGGUGAACAGCUGGGAACAGCUCAGCCCGAGCGGCACGGCGCCACCCGCGAGGGAACACCACACCGUGGUGUGGAGCCCCGCUGCGAACGGCUUCUACGUGUUCGGUGGGGAUGAUGGCCCGGGCCCUGAGAGCGCGUCAGAGGCAGUUGCGAUGCGGUGUGCGGGGGGGAUCGCUGAGGCAGCAGCACUCUCAGCAAGCUCAACGACUUGUGGUUCUACGGGCGUGAGGCCAAUGAGGGCCAUCGUCGAGCUUGCAAGAUUCGAGGGCUAA